CACGUGUGUAAUGAUGAACUACGAGACGAGGAGGUUACACAAGUUCGUGCAGGAAGUGAAGGACGAGCUCGCCUGUCGUAUCGUGCCGGUCGAAGAGUCUGUAGUCCCCAAGAACGAACAGAGACUGCCUCGGCUGGAUUUCGAGACGGCUGAUUGCGUCACCAGUGGCCUAACAUCAAGGUGGUUCGAUUUGGACGUGAAUCAUCACGUGAAUAACGUCAAGUAUGUGGACUGGAUCCUCGACAGCGUCCCACGCUCGCUCCCGGAGGGGCACGAGCUUCAUGCAAUGACGAUCGAGUUCAGAAAAGAGGUUGCUAUAGAUACCGUUGUGCAUUCUCUUUCCAAACUGAAGUAUGAAGAUAAUGCAACCGCCGGAGAGAAUGGGGACGGCCACGGCCACGGCGAUGCUCCGGUGGAGGUGGACCAUUUGCUGUGUCUUGAGGAUGGGUCUGAGAUAUUGAGGGCAAGGACAACGUGGAACCCUAAAAAUCUUGUCAACUAAUUCACUAAACAUGUACUACCGGAGGCGCUGAUGAAUUCGUUGACUUUUCUUUGUGCAUG